AUGCCCAAGGUUACUGGUGCAAACGCUUUUGCAGAUCUCCAGAAUCUUGGGAUAAUUAGUAAUGAAGAUCCUACGCAGCUAUUCACAAACCUGUCUCAAAUAGGGACGGGAAAUUUCGGGAUAGUUUAUCGCGCUACUACGGUUGGGACCGGUGAAGUAGUUGCCAUAAAAAAACUGAAGUAUGAUACAAAGCGAAAAGUUUCCUUGGAAGACUUAAAAGAUAUGCGGCGGGAGGUAGAAUUUAUCAAGCGCAUCAAUCAUAAGAAUUGUGUUCAAUGCCGUGGUUGCUACAUAGACCAACAAAUCGUUAUGGAAUAUUGCCUUGGGUCCGUUGCUGAUAUUCUCAAAGUUCAAAGGCAUCCUCUCAAAGAAUGUGAAAUUUCGUGCAUUGUUAGGGAGGUGCUCACUGGCCUUGUCUACAUCCAUUCAAGAAAUUAUAUCCACCGUGACAUUAAGGCUGCAAACAUCUUAUUCACAGAAAGCGGUGGGGUGAAAGUUGGUGAUUUCGGAUCUGUGAGCUUUAAAAGCCCCGCAAAUAGCUUUGUUGGAACACCUUAUUGGAUUGCUCCUGAAGUGAUCCUAGCCAUGGAAAAUGGUCUUUAUGACUGUCGUGUUGAUGUGUGGUCUUUGGGAAUCACCUGUAUAGAAAUGGGUGGGUUAAUUUGGCAUGGAUUAGUUUUGUAUUCCCUAUUUUUAAACUUAUUUGCCGAUUGUAUGCUUGAUUUAGCGGAACUGAAGCCGCCAUACAUGGAAUGCGCCAAUACAAUGGCAGCUCUCUACCAGAUAGCAUUGAAUCCCGCUCCCACUCUGCGAGAAGCUAACUGGACCUCAGACUUCUAUGAAUUCGUGGAUUUUGUUCUCAAGAAGAACCCUGAGGAGCGCCCAACUUCGGCCAAGGCUUUGAACCAUCGUUUCUGUACGUCCAUUCGAAACCCCACCCAAAUACUGCACGAUCUUGUUCAACGCGGGAUGGCCAACGCUACAGAGGGUAACCAAGUUCGUUCGAAGUUUAAAAAAGUCCACGAGAACAGCACCGACAGCGGUGGCGGUGGUGACGCUCCCGUAGAUUCACCGGCCCGCAAUGGGGCUGUGCAUCGUCGCCUACAGCAACGGGACAGCUACGACAGGGAGAGCCAAUCUACUGCUGAUGGUGCUACGGAGAGCACUUCCAACAGUCUUAGAAGUGGCCUAUCGGGAUGCUCAUCAACCAGCCUUCCCGUCCCCCUCCCGCAAGCCAGCAAGACCGGCAGUGCAGCGUCGGAGACUCACUACGAAUGCCUUGGCGAAGGUCUCCCAAGUGAGGGUGGCAGAGUCAGAGACGGAAGUAAGGUCCGCGAAUCAACGACGGCCACCGGUGGCGCCAAGACCGACAUUGCUGAGAUCGAGGACUCAGUCAGUGCCAGCCACCCAAAUCCUCCCCAGUUCGUCCUCGGUGAGCCUGACAGACGGGGAGGUGUUGGUGGUGGAGGAGGCCGAGGUGGUGCGACCGAGGACGGUCAAGGAGAUCGUGGCCCAAUGGGAGCGGCUAUUAGCGCCGACACGCGGAUGAAUGGAGCCGAUUCCAGCUAUGCUAAUAUCCAUCCUUCCAUAACAACCGGUGGUGGUGGUGGUGCUAUUCUUUCCGCUCCUCAACCCCUUCUUGAACAGUUCGCAAAUCAGGCACAGGCACAUCCCCUUCCCGACCCUCCCGCCUUCCUUCAUCACCUCUCGACUGACGCCACCCCAAGUCCCUGGAGUAUCCCACCUCAAGUGGAAGGCUCUCCCGUCCCUCUUCAAUCCUCCGUUUCCACUUCAGCAACACCAUCUCCGACUCAGCCUAUCUUUGGUGAUCAUCGUCGUGAACCCAUUCGUCCCACCGUGCGAUCGAACGCUAGCAGACAGCAAUCACAACAACAGCAGCAGAACUUCCCAACUCUCAAGACGCAACGCAUGAUGCGAGCCGCUCCUUCUGCUGCCAUUAUGCUUGGUGAAUGCGGUGGCGCCUCCGGCGGCACUGGAGGUGGUGGUGGUAGUAGUAGCCAAUCGGAUGUCAACGCAGCUGCCGCCGAUGGGGAUGUCUGUUUGGAUGCCAUCUACUCCUUUGGCGCGCUGAAACGUUUGUGCGCGAGGCAUAUGAAGAAGCUGGAGCAGGAAAAACAUCGGCUUAAUGCAAUCAUCAUGCAAGAGAUCGAACAUGCAAAGAUGGCAGAGUUAAACCGAGAAUACAGCAACUUCAUCGGCGCCAAAAAGAAGACGUUGUGUCGGAUGCAAGCGCAGCAUGUGAGUGAAGUUGACCGUUUGUUGAAACGCGACGCCGAGGAGGAGGCACGCUGUGUGCGUCAUCUGGAGAUGCAUGGGAAGGAGCAGCUAAAGAAUGAACGAAAGAGUCGUCUGCGGCCAAAGAACAUGGCUGUUGAUGGCGGUAAUUCACCCUACAACGACAUGCACGCCGUACAGCUAGAAUUGGACCUCCUCUACAAGCAAAUUCAGUCGAGUAAUAACUUCAAGCUGUAUCAGUGGAAAUACCAAAAGUUGCGCAGUAGAUAUAAACUCCAGGUAGAGCAGUUCAAGGAUCGGAAGGACCUGGAGACCCGAAUGUUGGAUGAGAAGUCUGAAUUGGUGCUGCGUCAGCAAGACCAAGUGGAAGCAAUGGAAAUGGCCAAUCUGCAUGCGAAGCAUCAGUUGCAGAGUCGACAUUUGGAGGAAAAGUGCGCUUUCUUUGACACCGAGCAAAAGCGCUUUGAGGACCUCAAGAUGGCGGAGUUUGAGAAGGAGGCGAGGAAUCAACGCAAGAUGCUCGCCAAAGAGGUGAAGCAAUAUGAGGAGACACUACGGCCGCAGAAAAAAGGCGCAGGGUGGCUUCUCAAUCUCAAGAAGGCCACUGCUGUAUCGUCUCCCCAGCUGCAAGAGCCCUCCUCACCGGAGGACAAAAGCAAGGCGGCAGCGGCGCCUCCGAAUAACCCGCCCCUUCUUACAGUCGGAAAGAGCAAAUUGCUCUUGGAGGAGUUCCGUCGAAAGAGAACAGAAGAACUUGAGGAGAAGCUUGCUCAUGAGUGUAGCAAGUUGAACGAAAGAAUGCGCCAACUGCGUGAGCAGAUGCACAGCUACCAGGAUCGUCUGGCGCGUGAUUUUCGGGCCCAGUGUGAUCAAGAGAAAGCUGAGCUCAGCGGACGCAUCAAAGCUCGCGCCGAGCAACUCGAAGAGGCGAUCGAGUCGAACAAAAAGGUGGUGCUGGAAGGCCACAAUCAGGAGGAGCGUAAACUGGACAGCUACUUUGCCGACCUGCAACGUAACCUGGAAAAUGAUUGCCAAUUCCUUGGCGUGGACUUUCAGGCUGUUCGUCUUAGUGUGGAGGCGGGCGUCGUCGCAGAAGGGCACUACGGAGUGAAGUAUAAGGUUUCGAAUUCCCUACGCUACAACGAUGGAGAUCCACGCAAACGGACUCUCGUCUACACGAUGGCAGUAUUUUCCUGCGUCCUAAAGCGCGCUCACCAGUGUCCUUCUUCCUUUCGUAUCGAGGUUCGAAAGGGAGCACUCCAAAUUGUAAAUCGGAUGAUGCAACACAACCACGGAAAGAUCGCAGGCGACCCUGAACCUGUUGUCGACCUUACAGAACAGUUCAAUGCCCACUUUCUUAAUGCAAAACUCACCUCCUUCGCCAUUGUCAUGGCCAAAGUGAAGGCUUUCGAAGAGGCCACAGGAAGUGAGUUUCGAGUUGGACGCUCUGAUCUAUUCAAAGCGGGAGAAAAAGAGAAGGAGGUUUACCGCUAUCGGCGCAUUACCUAUGAGUGUAUUCACUAUGGUCAGCGUAAAAGCUUGGCGCGAUGUGCCUCCAGCACAGCCACGCCUGGCACCGGCACUGCUCGUCUCGGCUGCAUGGCCAAGUUCGAUGUUCGCUACGCCCCAGAAGGAUUCAAAAUCAGUGCCGUAGUGAUGAAGCACAAUCACGAGGUGUCGCCUGUAGCAACGGCUGCUGCUGGAAGGUUUUGUCGGAGGAAGACGACUCAGUAUCAUCAGAGGCGGUGUCUUGAAGGCGAGGCAGGUGUGAAUGGUGAGUCAAAAAAGGCCACUCAGCCUGAUAGAGACCAAACAUUCAAUGAUCAUUGCGAUGGGUCUUCCAAACCAUCUCCAUCCAGCGGCGUUUCCAAUGGCAGUUCACAAAAGCAGCAGUCAGAAGGAGAAGACGAAAAGUAUUCCGCUUCAACAAAGGCGUCAGAUGAUCCCUCCCUUCCUCCUCCCCCUCCUUCUCCCGUUCUUCCACUCCUUUCACGGCGUGUGGAAGUUACCAAGACCCCGGCCGCUCCUCAACCUUAUUGGAUCACAAAUCCUGCUACCCUCCUGACCAACAGUCUCCCACUAGAACAUCCCAAGAAACCCGGACAAGUUGGACCCAGUACUGGUUCUGACACCCCUCGAGAGUUAAGUCAAUCGGAGAGACGUCUUCUGCUCUCCGGAAAGAUGCAACGGGUGCUGGACAAGGCUUGUCAUGGUGAUGCGAAGCGGUUUCGAGAGUGUAACUCACUCCUUGAUGACUUGGAGCGAUGCUGGGCUAAGGAGGACUCGAUGGUGUGA